AUGUCCUCUUCGACCACCGCAGCAGCUCAGGCCAAGAGCGUUCCCAAGCUAAACGUCGUCAUCCGCUGGAGCGCAGACCCCCAACAAAUUUGCCGCCUGCUUUCUAUCAUCAAGUCCAACCCCCUAUGGCGUCAAGCAUGUUUCCCUCAAGGCAUCACCACCGUGCCCAAGCUAUACAAGAUCUAUAUCGACAUUUUCCUCGUCUUCUGCAACAAUGACCCAGCAAUCAAGGCCGCGGAGAGGGAAGGACUUGUCCAGAGAGUGAAAGGCAGCGGUGGGAAGAAAAAGUGGGAAGCGACGGAGCGAUUCAGCAGUAGGGUGGGAAAUCCCGUAAGGAGAAAGAUAGACUCAUUGAAGAGCGCCUUGAAAUCCGGGACGUACACCAGCACUCACAACUUUCGUCCGUCCUGGAAGAGUUGGGGCGACGUGCCCAAUGGCAUUAGGGCUACUCUCCAAGCUGAACAUCCCUAUUAUUUUCAGCUAUUGGAACUCGCCCAGUCAUCCUCCGAGUUCGUCCUCCCCCCGCGCUCCGCAAACGUCGAAGCAAGCCAGUCCGGCCGCAAACGCAAACUCCAACCGUCCCUCGACGUCGAAGACGAUAGAGGCCCUCGAGUGGUUAAUCACAAACGCCCUCGGACCCUUUCACCCUCUUUAUCCUAUCAAACCGAGAGUGUAAUGGAGGCAGACGAUAGUGGCAACGAUGAUACAGAGCCUCCGGCUUCGAGAAGCAAUCAAGCCCCAUCAUCUGUCCCCGUGUUGUCCCCUCGCUGGAAUACAGAUCCCCACGCCGAAGACGAUAGAGGCCCUCGAGUGGUUAAUCACAAACGCCCUCGGACCCCUUCACCCUCCUUAUCCUAUCAAACCGAGAGUGUAGUGGAGGCAGACGAUAGUGGCAACGAUGAUACAGAGCCUCCGGCUUCAAGAAGCAAUCAACCCCCAUCAUCUGCCCCCGUGUUGUCCCCUCGCUGGAAUACAGAUCCCCACGCCGAAGACGACAGCGGCCUUCGAGUGGGUAAUCACAAACGCCCUCGAAUCGCUUCACCCUCCUUAUCCUAUCAAACCGAGAGUGUAAUGGAGGCAGACGAUAGUGGCAACGAUGACACGGAGCCUCCGGCUACAAGGAGCGAUCAACCCCCAUCAUCUGGCCCCGUUUUGUCCCCUCGCUGGAAUACAGAUCCCCAAGAAGUUUCUCGCCUCCUUUCCGUCAUACAAACCAAUUAUCUAUGGCGCCAAGCUUGUUUCCCUCACGGCGGCGCCUCUGGCUCGGAAGACUACAAUGUCUAUAUUGAGAUCUUCCUGCGGGCCUGCAAAGAUGACCCCGUCAUGGAAGUCGCAGCGAGGGAAGGUUUAGUCAAAAGGUUGGGAGGGAGCAAUGGUGGAAAGUGGAGGUGGACCGCAACGGACAAGUUUGACAGUCAGGUAGAAAACCCUGUGAGAACGAAGACAUCGUCAUUGAUGAACGAUUUCGUCACGGGUAUAUAUGAAAGUGACCACGGCUUUCAUCCUUCUUGGACGAAAUGGACAGAUGUGUGUGUGACCAUCAGGGAAGAUCUCCAGGCCUUACACCCCUAUUACUUUGAACUGCGCAGCCUAGUCAAGCCAUCUUUGAAAGUCAUUAAUCUUCUCCGCAAAUGCGGGCUGGUCAUUGAGGGAGAGGCGGCACACGUGAGCAAGAGUGAACGCGCGGCAGCAGACCCUUCAACACCUGUACUGUCUCCUUCCUGGAAUAAGUACAAGAAGACAGACACCUGGUACCUUAUCCACUGUAUUGACAAGUGUCCCCGAUGGCGUCGGACCUGUUUCGGACCCAGCGGCAGCACUUCCGACUCCAUAUACAAAACGACCUGCCUUGAAAUCUUCCUCUUUUUUUUCAGGAGUGAUCCGGUGAUGGAGCGGGCGGCGAAAGAAGGACUGGUCACAAGAGUGAAUGGGGGCAGCGGGGAGAAGCCGUGGGCCGCGACCAAAAAGUUUGGGAUUAUUGGGGUGGUUAACCCGGUAGAGACAAAGUUAACGUCACUCAAGAGAGACUUCGACGCGGGCCUGUACCAUAGUCAUUACGGUUUUGAUCCAAAUUGGAACAAUUGGAAGAACGUGCCCAACGACAUAAUGGGUGUGCUCAAAGCGAAACAUCGUUAUUACUUCAAAUUGCGCAGGGUCAUCGAAAAAGCCAACCGGCCCUCUGAUACCGCAGUGUCCGAACGACCAAAGCGCAACCAGCAAAAGAACAACAAGCCGAAGGACAACCAGCAGAAAAACAAGAAGCGGAAGAACAAGAAGCAGAAGAACAAGAAGCGGAAGAAGCAGUAG